CCGACCUGGAAGAAGACAACGCUAUCAACGGUGAAGCUAUCACGACAUUCUAUAUGGCGAGCCGCGCUGGAGACGAAAAAGAUAGUUCGCGUCGUCCUACUCGACACGCGGCUAGGAAAGCUACUGCCCGUAUUCAGGCUAUAGCCAGUCCAGACCGCACCAGCGAUUCUGCUUCGGACAUGGCGAAGAACACAUGGAAUCAAACCCUUCAUGUCGACGUGGAAGACGAGAGAUCGGACGACUCACAGCGUUCGAUGGGAACGAGGAAGAUCAAGAGGAGAGCCCGAAGGACCGUCACCCUGCCCGAUCCCGCUCCCGAUCAGACUGUACACAAGGUUGCGAGGGGAAGGACAGCCGCUCAUCACCCUUCGCUAGUCCAGUCAAGUAUAGUGCAUGUGUGCCCAAUUCCUGGGUGUGGUGCCUGCUUCAAACGAAGAGAACACGUCAAGAGGCACGUCAGAGGGAUUCAUACCUUGGAAAAGCCUUAUCAUUGCUUGCAUAAUGGUUGCGGGAAAAGCUUCGCAAGACGGGACAAUCUAGGAUUACACUAUACCAGUCAAGGUUCACAAGAUGUCAAACAGGAAAUGCUUGCAGUUGCUUGCCUCGGGAGACAAAGAGGUUUGAUACGAAGAUCAUUGUGCCUGCCUUAUGCAUAUUAGGAUUUAUGCUUGUAUCAAGGCUGUGUAGACGGUCCAAAACUACGUUGUCUCCACCAUAUUUAUGCGCCUCUUU